AACCGCAUCUCUGAUUUCACUGUGCAACUUCUUUGAUUUACAGAUGCCUCGAGAUGAUCCUAUCGCUGAAGAAGAACGGAGAGCUAGCACUGCCACAGAUCUCAUUCGAAUGCGUUUAGAAAGAUUGCAGCAGAAUAUAAACAAGCCAGCCCCAAUACCUGCACGUCGUACCUCUGACUUAAAGGCCCCUAAACCUCCUCCGGAGUUUGUCAGGAACGUUGUUGGCUCAUCUGCUGCUGCAGGAAGUGCCGAAUACCACAUUUAUCGCAUCAAUCGUAAGAAGGAACAAGAUCGCCUGGACUACAUAGCUCAAGUAGCGGAGCAGGAGGAACUUGAUGAACAGUAUAGAAUACAUAAAGAAGAAAUAGAACGUGCAGAAGCUGAGAGAACAGCAAAAAGAAGGGCAAAGCGAUUGAGACGGAAGGAGCGUGCAAAAAAGAGAAAAAAGGUAAAGAAAGAGGAGGAGAGCACAGAAGAAGAAGAUUCAGACGACAGUGAAAAUGAGAGCACCACUGAAAGCAUUACGCAACAGAAUGAAGCAGACAAAGACGUCAAGGCUGAAGCUCCCGCGAGCGAAGAAUCUGAGAACAAGGAACCGUCGAAUGAAACAAAUGUGAAAAAUGAAGAAAAUACCUCGUGAUACAGAUUCCCCUAUAUCAAGUAGCCUUUCUGAUGCGCCGUUAAGUGCGCGAGACGAUAAAGCUGGAUCUCUGAAAAAUGUGAAGAAUAUGAGUGGCGACUCGCUUCCACCUGUGUCUGAAUGUGAAUCGUCCUAUGAUCAAGUUAGUUCUAGCAUAAUUGAAGAUCCUAGCAUGGGACGGAUCCAUGCGUUUCUUAAUGGGCCCCGAUUAUAUCGAACUUUUGGCCAACCGGAGAGAACGCCGAACAUUGUUGAGUCUAUAGGGAAUAAUUCCAUGUCUUUGGCAAGAGGGUUGCUGUAUUUUUCUACUUCAUUGGCUUUUUCGCCUAUCAUAGUCGUAUUUUUGUAUAGUCGAGGAGCAUUGAAUAUUCACACCGGGGUAGUUCUGUUAAAAUAUGCUAGCUACUUAGCUAUACUUGCAUAUGGAGGAAGAUUAAUAGGUCGAACAAUGGAUAGUGAGUAUAGACACUUUCUUAACCUAUGGGUGAAAGCAAAAGUGUCUGGCAAAUUAGAAGAUAACCGUAUGUUGAAAAAGUACGACUUCGAUCUCGAAGGAGUACAUGCGGAUUUUCACGCCGUAAGAAACGACAAGCUGUGGUUUCACCGUGGCGUAUCCAUAGAACGUAGCCCAUUGCUGUGGUGUGCAGGAUGGUACGCUGUGCAUGCUUUUGGAAGGCAUAUGAUGUAUCCAGGUUCAGUAGCGCUUUUGAAUUGGUUGCUCAGUGGUAGUUUGUUGUCAGCAAGGAAUCUCAUGGUUUCGGCUAAGAAUGGGCAGAGAGCGUGGCUUAGAAGUGUUGAAGGUGAUCUGAUUGAUACGAUGUUCAUACGGGGAGAAGAAGACACCCCUGAAGAGAGGCAUCGAACUCUUGUAAUUGGUUGUGAAGGUAAUGCCGGCUACUAUGAGAUAGGUAUAGCCAACACUCCAUCUCAGUUAGGAUAUUCUGUCCUUGGUUGGAAUCAGCCAGGUUUCGGCCAGAGCUCAGGCUUGCCCUUUCCAAAGAAUGUGCUAGCUGCCGCUGACGCUGUGAUGCAGUAUGCUAUGAACGUACUUGGCUUUCGAGAGGAAGACAUUGUGUUGUUUGGAUGGUCGAUUGGCGGUUUUCCUGCAAGUUGGUUGGCGGCAAACUAUCCAAAGGUCAAAGGUGUCAUUCUCGAUGCUGUUUUUGAUGACGUUCUUCCUCUGGCCCAGGCUCGAAUGCCAAAGUUACUUUCCAACGUGGUUGAAGUUGCUGUGAGGACACAUUUUGAUUUGGAUAUACAGGCUAUACUCGCUCACUAUAAAGGUCCAGUCAAGCUUAUUCGUCGUUUGCAAGAAGAAAUCUUAGUCACCGAUGAGACCGGUACAGAAGCGGAUCGUCGCGCUAGUAAUAGAGCGAAUUUUCUUCUGAAGAAACUUUUGAAGCAACGACAUCCGUCAUUGAUAGAUGGUUUAGAGUCUCAGGUAGACCGAUGGUUGGCGAUGCCGCCACACCAGCGAGCGAUGGCAGGGCAUGCGUCAAAUGACUCAGAAAUAGCUACGCGACGUGCUAGGCUGUAUGCGGCCUGCGAUCACUACCUCACUGAUUUUGAUGCCACUCAUGUGCAGCCACUGGAUCCGCUGUACUUCAACAUUCCCAAACCCUUCCGUGAUCUCAAGUAAACUCCACUCGUGCAGGAUAAACAUAAUUUCUUAAAUGACUUUUGUACUUAAAGCUUUAUAAGAGAAUGCUAACUUAGUAGUCGUCAGUCUAAUAACUAUAUAGUCGUUCUUGUGGUAACUCAGAGCAGCCAUAGCUUUCUGUGAUUAAUUAUUGUAAAUUGGAUGAACUUUAGAUUUAUCAUGCAGGCUGUUUGUAAAUCUGUAGUAGGUGAUUCGACAAAUGUGCACUUGUAUUCGAAAUGUAACAGCAGAAUAAAUAAUUUUCGCU